CCGCAGACGCUAUGUUCGACAAAAAUAAACCCAUCCAAUUAAUUCUUUAAUCAUUUCCUUAAUCACAUCUUACCCAGCUAAUCCAAUUAUUGCUAGACCUCCACAAACCCCGAACUAGCCCCAAAAAAAGCAUUCACCUUUCUCCCAAAACUCAUCAUAACUUCAACUUUCUGAUCGACCCAGAUGAAGCUCCAACUUGGGUUAGUCUUCUUUACUCUGUUUCAUCUCUGUUUCAAAGCAAACUCAGAGUGCAGUAGCGGAACAACCUGCGACGCUUUGGGGUCUUACUAUGUCUGGCAGGGGACCAAUCUCACAUUCAUCGGACAACUAAUGUCCACCACCGACGCCAUCAUCGCUAGUUACAACACGGAGACGGUGACCAGCAAGGACAGUGUUCAAUCCGGCACAAGGGUCAAUGUCCCCUUCACCUGUUCCUGCAUCAACGAGUCGUUUCUGGGACACGAGUUCAACUACGCAGUCGUGUCCGGCGACACGUAUGAAAAAGUUGCGACUUUGUACUAUGCUAACUUGACCACGGCGGAGGAUAUGGCGUGGUUCAAUAUUGAGUACCCGGCGAAUAAUAUACCCAAUGUGAAUACCAACCUCAAAGUUGUGGUCAACUGUUCUUGUGGGGAUGGUAAGGUUGGGGAUUAUGGGCUGUUUAUUACGUAUCCUUUGAGGGAUGGGGAUAGCUUGGCUUCGAUCGCUAAGGCCGAGGGUUUGGAGGAGAGUUUGCUGCAGAGUUAUAAUCCGGGGGUGAACUUUAGUAGAGGGAGUGGCCUUGUGUAUAUACCGGGCAAAGAUCUAAAUGGAAGCUAUGUGCAUUUGAAGCAAAGUUCAGCUGGAUUGGCAGGUGGAGCCAUUGCUGGCAUAAUUGUUGGAGUAAUUGCUGGUGUGCUGUUGGUGGCUGGUUGUGUGUAUUUUGGAUUUUACCGAAAGAAGAAGGUGGACACAACAGUACUCUUACCAUCAUCUGAAGAUCAAUCUUCUCAAAAUGGGCGAUCCCUGGGAACUAUUGCAGAUAAAUCUACUGAAUCCAACAGCGCUGCUAGAGGUCCAAUAGGUAUUACAGUGGACAAAUCAGUGGAAUUCACUUUCGAAGAACUUUCCAGGGCUACUGAUAACUUCAGUCUGGCUAAUAAAAUUGGACAAGGUGGUUUUGGGGCUGUUUACUAUGCGGAGCUGAGAGGCGAGAAAGCUGCAAUCAAGAAGAUGGAUAUGCAAGCAUCAAAAGAAUUUCUUGCCGAAUUAAAUGUUUUGACACGUGUACAUCAUUUGAAUCUGGUGCGUUUGAUUGGUUAUUGUGUCGAGGGAUCCCUUUUUCUCGUUUAUGAGUUCAUUGAAAAUGGCAAUCUAAGCCAACAUCUGCGCGGUUCAGAGAGAGACCCGAUACCAUGGUCUAAUAGAGUGCAAAUUGCCCUGGAUUCAGCAAGAGGUCUUGAAUACAUUCAUGAGCAUACUGUUCCUGUUUAUAUCCACCGUGACAUAAAGUCAGCCAAUAUAUUGAUAGACAAGAACUACCAUGCAAAGGUUGCAGAUUUUGGAUUGACUAAACUGACCGAAGUUGGAAGUACUUCAAUGGGAACGCAUCUUGUGGGGACAUUUGGGUACAUGCCACCAGAAUAUGCUCAAUAUGGUGAAGUUUCUCCCAAGGUAGAUGUAUAUGCGUUUGGAGUCGUCCUCUAUGAACUAAUCUCUGCCAAGGCAGCAGUUGUACAAGCAAAUGCUACAGGAGCAGAAUCAAGGGGCCUUGUUGGUUUGUUUGAGGAAGUCCUAAAUCAGCCUGAUGCAAGAGAAGACCUCCAAAAAGUGGUUGACCCUAGGCUUGGAGACAACUAUCCACUUGAAUCAGUCCGCAAGAUGGCUCAAUUGGCAAAAGCGUGCGUGCAUGAGAAUAAAGACUUGCGUCCAAGUAUGCGAUCUAUUGUCGUUGCGCUAAUGACACUUUCAUCAUCAACUGAGGACUGGGAUGUAGGAUCAUUCUAUGAAAAUCAAUCUCUUGUGAAUCUAAUGUCAGGAAGGUAGAAUCUGAUGGCAAAUGUUAUUUGUGUUUAGGAAGUUUCUUUGAACAUUAUGAUAUGAGAUAUCAUUGUACAGACACGUAAUCGAGCAUUGUGAGUCUUUUGUAAAAUGUACAUACAUACAUCAUUAAAGUAUCAAUGAAAAGGCUGAAGUUACUCGUGCUGCCGCCCCGGUGGUACAUAA